GCCAACACUGCUUGUCAGAACAUAAGGAAAUGUGCUUUAUCCUUUUUGGGGACAAUAAAGUAAUAUUGAUUUUCUCUCUCUUUCCCUCCACAGGUCAGAAAACUAUAUUUUAUCCUGUAUAUUUUGUUCUUAUUAUCUCUGUUGGUUUCAACAUAUUUUUAGUAUAUUCUGGAUACCUGACCCUUGAUUAUAACACAUUGGCAUAUAUCACGACUUGUACAACUUUGAAAGAGAAGCCUCUGGAAAACAGCACUAUCCUGCUCAUAUGGUUUUGGCCAUCUGGAAGACAAUUAGGUCUAAAUUCUUGCAGUGCAAAAUUUAAUAUUGAUGGCUGUCACUUGACUCUAGAUCGAGAGCUUUACGAUGAUGCUCAUGGAGUACUGAUAAAUCACAGAAACAUUAAAAAUGACCUGUCAAAUUUACCCACAAAGCCACGACCCUUCUUCCAGAAAUGGAUAUGGAUGCACUUUGAGUCCCCAGAAAACACAAGACGACUCGACGGUCUGGAUAACCUUUUUAAUGUGACGCUGAAUUACAGACGGGAUGCUGAUAUUGGGCUUCGUGAACAAUUUAUUCUUAAAAAUGAAGACACUGAGGAUAAGAUUUUCCCACAAGUUCUGGACAAGAAAGACAAAUUAGUUUGCUGGAUAGUGAGCCACUGGAAUGAGAAGCUUGAACGAGUAGCUUAUUUUAAUGAGCUAAAAAAACACAUUGACAUUUAUGCCCUUGGGAGACAUUUUGGGAGCAAAGUAAAUAAUACACAAUACAAGGAAACCCUAACUAGAUGCAAGUUCUAUCUGUCAUUUGAAAACACAAACGUUCACUACGACUACAUCACAGAAAAGCUGUUCAAUCCUCUCACCUUUGGAUCAGUGCCGGUGGCUCUUGGGGCUCCAAGAUACAUAUAUGAGAGAUUUGUGCCUAAAGAUUCUUUCAUCCACGUGAAGGAUUUCUCCAGCCCUCAGAAACUGGCUGAACACCUGCUGUCACUGGACAAGAAUGUUGACGAAUACAAAAAGUAUUUUCAGUGGAGGAAACACUUUGAAAUUAAACUUGUUGACUAUCCUGAAGAGCAUGCGUGCCGUGCCUGUCAGUAUAUAAGAGCAAAAAAAGACUACCAGGCUUUUGGAAACCUUAGCAAAUGGUACUGGGAUGCCAUCAAUGAUGGAAUCUAAAUGUCAGGGAUGUUUUUAUGUGUAUAUUGUUUGGCUUUUGUCAAAAUAUUAGAUAACACAUCUGGCCAGCACCAUUUUGUAAAAGUUUACAAAAAUUCUUAAAGUUAUAUGUU